UGUGUAGAACAGUGAGGUGGAUGUGAGAAUGUCAGAGCACUUGAACGCAGCCCAGGUGUGUCUCUGUGUUGUUAGCCUAGCUUAGCUUAUGUGCUGAAUGUUUGCUAAAGGCUGUAGUGACACCUGGUUAAUGUCUGCUCCCUUUAAACAGCCCUGAGUCCUCAGAUGCCAAGUGUAAAGCCCCGAUGUCCGACCCUGACCCGAGUCCGCGGCCCGACCCUGACCCUGCCGAGUGUGUGCUGUCGUGUCACUGCUGUUAUGACGUGCUGGUGAACCCAACCACCCUGACGUGCGGCCACAGCUUCUGCCGUCACUGCCUCGCCCAGUGGUGGGAGUCGUCACGCCGGACGGAGUGUCCCGAGUGCCGGGAGGCGUGGCAGGGCUUCCCUAAAGUCAACAUCCUGCUCAGGGAUGCUGUGGAGAAGCUUUACGAGGCGGACGUGAGGAGAAGGCGUGAGGAGAUCCAGAGUAACGCCCGUGUCUCUCGCUCACUCUUGGCGUUCCAGCGUUUCGGAGAUGAACAGACCAAUCACAGAUCAGGACAAGCGGGAAGCUUCUGCUUUGGUGUGCUUGUCACACUUAGCUGUGUCAUGGUAAUCUUCCUGAUGUUCCGCUGGUUCGGUGGAGGAAGUCACCAUGACGACCUGGUCAGGAAGCCAAUCAGCAGGUGGACGGUUGAUGAUGUCACACUGUGGAUGGAGCAGCUCGGGUCCUGGACCAGUCAGUACAGAGAGGUGUUUAACCGGGAGCAGGUGAACGGCAGGUUGUUAAACCUGCUGAGUGAUGAGGAGUUGUGUGGUGCUCCGUUCCUCAUGGAGAACCCCUCACACAGACGGGCCGUCCUGCAGGAGCUGCACAGGGUCCAGGCCCUCGGGGUCAAACCCCCGCGUGACCUCUGGGAGUACAAGACGGUGAACGAGGGGAAGUCCCUGUUCCUGGUCUACGCCCUAAAGGACUCGCCGCGCCUCACGCUCCUCCUCCUCUACCUGUUAGAGUACGACGCCUCCUUCCUCCCGCUCAUACACACCUGCUGCUCCACACACAGUGAGCACAGCGAGACGACGUGGGCGGGGCCGGGCCCGUGGCAGUGGGCGUGGUUUGUGGUGAAGUGGGUGGUGUUUCCGUACCUGCUGCUGGCCCAGUUUGCUCUCGGGUGGCUGAGUGUGCACUACUGGACCUCACGGGUCGUGGUGAUGAACGCCGCGCUGCUGUCCUUACAGGAGGGACACGCCCUCUGGAGGGGGUGGAGCCAAGGAGCGCUCAGGACGCUCCCCCGCACUGUGUUUGCUCAUGUCUGGAGGGCGGGGCUUCACAGCGUGCUCUUCCUGUUCCUCUGCCCUCUGCUGCCUCAGUGUGUGUGGAACGGCAUGUUCUACUGGGGGCUCUACUGUAGCCCCGCCUUCAACACACACACACUACUGCAGCAGAUCCUACACACACACACACACCAGGCAAGGGAGUGACACACACACACACACACACACACACA